AGUGCCGGCUGAGCCUCACACUUUCUCCCCGUUUUGUAACUUUCAGGUCUGGGGUGUAGGAAUAAAGCCCUUUGCCCGGACCAAGAAGGAGUGCGUGCUAGCAGAGACUGGGCUGCUCGCUGGAGGACUUCCUGCCAGCGCCAGGCUGCCCGGCCAAGUGGGGAGCGGACAGGCGGGCGGGCAGGUGGCCCCGGGCCGCCGCGCCCGCGCCUUGGCUCUGCCCCCUGGAGCCAAGCGAGCCUCUGCUCCCUCGUGGUGCGAGGGCGGUGAUGUUUUUCCUCCCACCCACUUCUGAGUCCCCCCUCCCCCCUCGCGCACUCUCAAGCUCUCGCCGCAACCUGCGAGCCCCAGACCUCGGAGGAGCGCCCCAGGGAACUCAGAGCGUGUGCAAGCGUGGCAGACGGAGGAGGCCAGUGCCCAGGUUUAAUCCAUCACUCCUCGGAGUCUCUGAAUUGCAUUUUGCAGUAGUUCAAAGAAGAAAAAAGUGGAAAAUGGGAGGCUUGAAAUAUAUAGUCUUCUUGUUUUUGUUCUUCAUUUUCCUAGAAGGAAGCAAAACAGAGCAAGUAAAACAUUCAGAAACAUAUUGUGUGUUUCAAGACAAGAAGUAUAGAGUGGGUGAGAAAUGGCAUCCCUACCUGGAACCUUACGGACUGGUUUACUGUGUGAACUGCAUCUGCACAGAGAAUGGGAAUGUGCUUUGUAGCCGAGUCAGAUGUCCAAGUCUCCAUUGCCUCUCACCCGUGCAUAUCCCUCAUCUGUGUUGCCCCCGUUGCUCAGAAGAUGCCUUACCACCUGUGAACAAUAAGGUGACCAGCAAGUCGUGUGAGUAUAAUGGAACUACUUACCAACAUGGAGAAUUCUUCAUGGCUGAAGGGCUUUUUCAGAACCGGCAACCCAACCAGUGCACCCAGUGUAGCUGCUCGGAGGGGAAUGUGUACUGUGGUCUCAAGACUUGCCCUAAACUGACCUGUGCAUUCCCAGUCUCUGUUCCAGAUUCUUGCUGCAGGGUAUGCAGAGGGGAUGGAGAAUUGUCGUGGGAACAUUCUGAUGGUGAUAUCUUCCGGCAGCCUGCCAACAGAGAAGCAAGACAUUCUUAUCUCCGUUCUCCCUAUGAUCCUUCACCAAGCAGACAAGCUGGAGGUUCUCCUCGCUUUCCUGGGGGAAGAAGUCACCGGGGAACUCUUAUGGAUUCCCAGCAAGCAUCAGGGACCAUCGUGCAGAUUGUCAUCAAUAACAAGCACAAACAUGGACAAGUGUGUGUUUCCAAUGGAAAGACCUAUUCUCAUGGAGAGUCCUGGCACCCAAAUCUACGGGCCUUUGGCAUUGUGGAAUGUGUGCUCUGCACUUGCAAUGUCACCAAGCAAGAAUGUAAGAAAAUCCACUGCCCCAAUCGGUACCCCUGCAAGUAUCCUCAAAAAAUAGAUGGAAAGUGCUGCAAGGUGUGUCCAGGUAAAAAGGCAAAAGAAGAACCUCCAAACCAAAACUUUGACAGCAAAGGUUACUUUUGUGGAGAAGAAACCAUGCCUGUUUAUGAGUCGGUGUUCAUGGAGGAUGGAGAGACUACCAGAAAAAUAGCACUGGAGACUGAGAGACCACCUCAAGUAGAGGUCCACGUUUGGACCAUUCGAAAGGGCAUUCUCCAGCACUUCCACAUUGAGAAGAUAUCCAAGAGGAUGUUUGGGGAGCUCCAUCAUUUCAAGCUGGUGACUCGGACCACCUUAAACCAGUGGAAGAUCUUCACUGAAGGAGAAGCUCGCCUCAGCCAGAUGUGUUCAAGUCGGGUGUGCAGAACAGAACUGGAAGAUUUGGUCCAGGUUUUGUACCUGGAGAGACCUGAAAAGGGCCACUGUUAGACAAAACAGUCAGGAUUGGAUAGUAUCAAUUAAGGAAACCCAAGCUGCAGCUGGACUGCUGGCUUCCUUUGCUUAAGUCAACAGUGCUCUAAAACCCCAAAGUCAGACGCAGUCAAAUUAUCCACGCCAGCCACAAUAUACCUUGUUCCUCUAUGUGCAGUGGUGUGCCAGCCCUCAAACAUCUCCUCUAAAGUGAAUAGAGGAGUCUUUAAUAGUUUCUGGAGGGAGAAGGGAUAGAGCAUUCUGGUGCAGUUUUAGUUUCUCUGAGAAUCACUUUUAUUUGAAGGUUAAAAGAAAACACUUUUAGGGAUUCUGUGUAGAAAGUUAGUCACGUGAAAGGAGAAGAAAAUUGCUCAGUAUAAGUUGGGUCACAUAGAGCAAUCAUUUGUAUGAAAUGCCUUUCGAAUGCUCACGUGUCUUCCAUUCUUUAAAUAAACAAACUUAUUCAGUGGGUUGAACUACAGGUCAGUCAGUUGUAGAGCACACACCUAACACAUGGAGCCCUGGGCUCUACUUUCAAUACUGAAAAAAAUCAUCCUCAUAUCUCAUAUACGCACGUACGAAAAGACACCCAGACUGCACAUGAAGCUGCCCUUCUUUCUGGCUCCUAAAUACUGUUGCGGCUGUUGGCACCCAGGAAAACAGAUUCAAAAUGUAUGUAGAAGACUGCCCUCAAGACUUUAAGGGUGAAGAAUGCCAGUUAAGGGCCUUGUUCACUUUGAAGUGCCAAAUUCACUAUGUCGGAUAAUACCACUUCUCUUUCUUGAGCUGAACCUCCAUUAGGAAGGUAGAACUUGGUGAAACUGUCAGAAACUAAGUUCAUACCAAACAAUGCAUAACUGUAGAAGAUUCAUAGCUGUAGAAGAAUACACCUGAUAAAAACAAAGUAGUCCAUCUUUUUUUGUUGUUUUCACAGCUAUAAUACUCAACUAGCAUAUAAACUAAUGCUCGCUAAUUUUCUUGCGGCCAUAGUCACCCAGACAGACACUUUACUUUGAAUUAUUCUAAAGGCUGUUUUUAAGGGCUCUCUUAUUUCUCUGACUACAGGAGUUGAAAUUUGACUUUAUCAAGAGACUCAGUCCUUGUGAACUUCUGAACAUUGGUUCUUCUGUCAAAAGAGAGUUACUGUUCAUUCGGGAAACUGAGAAUUCUGACACAGACCUUUCUCCUAAACCUUCCUACUAGCCUUGCCUUAUCCACAAGCAUAGGUUGUAUCUGGGAUUUUUGACAAGCCUGCUCCUAAAAUGUUUAUUUGCAGCCCAAUGCCAUAGCAUAAAUUAUGCUUUCUGAGGCUUGGCUUUAGAAACCCUCUUUGUGGAGAAACUAUAAAUAAUUUCUAACAAGGAGCAUAGGGCUGACUUCUGGAUCUGUCGUCUUGCAGGAGCAUGAUUGAGCUCAAAUGAGUACUAAGCAAUACGAGGACCUAGAAACCCUGCAUUUCCCACACUAGGCAAGAGAACAUGAUAAGAAAAAACGUGCAAACGGUCUGGUCUUUAUGGGAACCUGGCAGAGAAGGGGCAGUUUCCACACACAAAAAAAAAGACACCAGGCUUUGGGGCCAGGGCUUCAUGGGACAAAUUUCUUGCCAGCCGGUCAUACACAUUCUCCUCAUAAGUGGGACAUAAGCUUCCUGGGCUACAAAGCUGCAGAACAUCAUUGAAAAUGUGAUGGGAGAAGUAUCAAUACACAGCUGCCUCCCUCUCGGGAGGAGGGGAGGGGGAACCAUAUUUCCAGAGUGUGGAGAUCUGUAACCAGAUCCUGAAGGAAAGGGGUGAUUCCCCCUGCUCGAUGAUUCACCCCAAAGCCUUCCCACCCAGGUGUUCUCUGAAAUCUUAGCCUCAAGGGAACACCUAAAGAGCUCCCCUAGAUAGACUCCUGCCUCCAGGUGCAGUGACAUGCCUUUCUAAAGUGCUGUGGGAAGCAGGAACUGGGGAUUUCGAUGUAGAAACCCUCAGGGUUUUGAUGUUGGGUAGAAUGUAGGGUAUGCGGAGAGAGAUCAAACUGCCUGUAGUGAGUAGGGAAGAAUGGAUAUGGUUCUUUUUUUGGUACUUAUUUGUAUCAUAAGCACUUGGGACAGCAAAGACCAGAGGCACCAUUUUGCAGUUUUAUCCAUUUUCUAGUUAGCCCAUGUAAACAAGUCUGAGUAACGUAACAAUGUUACCCUUUCGCUUUUCUCAUAGGACAUGUACCCAUGUAUGGUACUUGUUUAUGGAGUCACUGUGUUUCUGGAUUUUUAAAUUAAUAAAAUUUUAAUUUAAAAAGGUUAUGACAGGAAAAUCAUAUGAUUGACACUCCAGUCAAGAUUGUCAUUUGACUGGGUAAAAGAUGAUGGGUGGAGCCUAGUGUUUUCACAGUCAGCUUGGCAUUCUUGUUAUACUACUCUCAAGUAGCUAGCAGUGUCAACUUAGCAGUAAGGCUGCCUAGAUUCCUAAGCUAGCUCUAUAAUUUCUAUAUGUGUCAGUAUUCUCAAUUAGAAAAUGGGAUGAUAAUGAUACCAUUGUCCUUUGCCUGAAAUCUUGCAGUAAGGUUUAAUGUAAUCAGUACAUAUAAAAUAAUUAGUCUAGUGUCCAUUGAAUAUGCAUUGAUGACCAUUGAUAUUCAAGGUGGGAAAGGCACUUAGAGCAACCAUUGAUGUUUAACUUCCUCUUGGACCACUUACUUAGGUUUCAAGAGGACUUCAAUUUUGACCUGCUUUUCACAACACUUUUAUGCAAAGCUUGUUUUAGUUAUCAGUGUAAGGAUUUUGUUAUGUGUUGACCCAGAAUAAAUUCCCUCAAAUCCUCAAUGCUAGCGAAAUACAGGGUAUUCAGAAGUCAGGAUAUGAGAGGAUUUUAAGAGAGAAAUGCAAAUUGUCAGUCACUGCUGAGAUGUUCAGUGACAUGGCAGAAACUCUGUAACGAUGGUGAUAACAUGGAAGAAGAGAAGAGUUGAAGUUACUGGAGCAAGGGAUUGUCAGAGGUAAGUGGAAGGGCGCUGUGAGGAAGUAGGGCUAGAAGCUCAAGAGAACUCACUGGAGAAACUUUCUAGUGGAGUGAAAAAAACAAUGAAGAUAGCAUCUGCAGAAAGAAAUGGGGUCAAAGCCAUUUCAUCUUGCAUAGGGGAGCUAUUUGUCCAUAUCAUAGCACAGAGUGCAGAGAGACUGUAGGAAGGACAAGAUUAAAGAUGGGUAAUAAGGGAGUUAGUCUGUUUCAUGCAGGGCAGUGAAGUCAUAUCCCAGGUUGCUCUCAGGACUCACAACUCUUGACCCACAACCUCGGUGAAUUCAGCUUUGGAUGCAGACCAUUUUUAUACCAUUUUUAGCAAGAUCUACCUAGUUCCAUAAGAUCUCUAUUAUCUCACACCCCUUCCACUCAGCUUCCUUUCUUCUAGAAUGACACUGUGAAUCAAAAUAUCAGUCUACCUGCAUUGAGGAAAAUGCAAAUAAGUCAAACUAGACUUCUGUGGCUCCAUCUUGCAUUAUCCCCUUUCUAUAAUGACUCACACCCAAAUAUCUACCAGCCCUUCAAGUUUGUGGUUCUAUAUGUAGGCAAUGUUUGUAGAAUUUUUCUGUCAAUUCCUCCUGAAGGAUUUUUACUUCCACCAUGACUCCCAGAAAGCAGUAAAGGCCACCUCGUAUGGGCUUACAGAGAAGACCUGCCUCCUCCCACACAUUGUCUGCCUCUUUAUACCUUUCCUGCUUUUACUUCUUUUUAAAAGGACUUUUCAAUAUUUGUUUUAUGCACCUGAGUAUUUGCCCUGUGUGUAUGUCUGCAUACCAUGUGCAUGCCUGAUGCCUGCGGAAUUCAGAAAAAGUGUCGGAUAUCCUGGGUCUGGAGUUGCAGAUGAUUGUGGGCCUCCAUGUGGAUAUUGGGAAACAAACCCAGGUCCACUAGAAGAGCUAAGUCAUCUUUCUUGCCCUUUGCUUUGACGCUCAAAGAAGCUCAGAAUAUGCUUCUCAAAACUCUGCCAUUUUGUCACAAGGAUUAUUUUUGAGCUAAUAACAAUUAAGAAUCAACAGCUACAGAAAAUUUUUUCUAUUCUACUUAUAAUUGCCUGAAAAUUGGACAUAGAUUUUUCUUUGAGGAAGGUAACCUCUCCUCCAUUUCAAGGACAGAGAGUGAGUCAUCCCUUAGGGUAGGAAAUCAACACCAAGAUCAAACGAAAAUUCAUGCUAAAGUAGUCUGCAGCAUCCAUUCCUUUCUCCCUCCCUCAUUCAUUUCCUAAUAUCUCCCCCCAGAAUUUAUCAUCCAUUUAAGUUUAAGCUCUCCUUCCUAUAUUAAGAUAGUAUAUAAGCCCCCUGAAUCUAACCAUAUUUUAGAGUUUCAUUUUCUUUCUGUGAACUUCUGUGUAUAUACAUAUUAAUAAA